AUGGCACCCAAGCAGUGGCCACAGUUGCGGGGAAGCAGCGUUUCGGCGAGGCGCAUCACCCACCCUGCCGCGCCAGUCGAGCUGCCCACCUCCCCGCUGGCCCGCGGCGGACCCGCCAGCCCCUUUUCCAGCCCUGCAGGACCGCAGGCAGCUGCAGGGGCAGCUGGUGGGACCCCCGCAGGCCAAGACGCCUUGCCCAGCGGGCCAGCGGUGGCACGCAAGGCGGCAGCCUCGGAGCCCAAGCACGCGGGGCGCUACACCCGGGCGGCGGUUGCGGGGCUGGUCAAUGCAGUCAUCGCCCUCCCGCUGCAGCUCUCCUUUGCGGCCAUCAUCUUCCGGGACCCUUUCUUCCACCCCAUGCUGGGAUCCCUGGUGAAGCUGGUGUUCCUGUCGUCGGCCAUCCACCAGAUCGCAUUCGUCGGGCUCAGCAGCCUGCCCUUCGCCGUGGGCCAGGUCCAGGAUGUUGGCCUGAUCUUCAUAUCGUCCAUCGCAAGCUCGGUGGUGGCUCAGUGCAGCGAGGCGGGGUGGACUGCUGAGAACACGCUGGCAACGGUGCUGAUGGCGGUGACGGCUGCCACAGGCAUCGUGGGUGCCCUGAAGCUCGCCGGCAUCGUGCAGUACGUGCCUCUCCCUGUGGUUGGCGGAUACCUGUGCUUUGUCGGCUACUUCUGCCUGGCGGCAGGCGUGAGCCUGGCCUCAGGGGUGCAGGUCGCAACGCUGUCGUCCUGGGCGCAGCUGGCCAAUGCGGAUGCGCUGCUGAAGCUGGCUCCGGCGCUGGCCAUGGUGGCCUGCAUCAUUCUCGUGAUGCACAAGAUCAGGAGCCCCUUUGCCCUGCCCGCCCUGCUGCUGGCGGCGCCAUGCGUGUUUUACGGCGUGCUGCAUGCCAGCGGCCUGACGCUCCAGGAUGCGCAAGAGGCUGGCUGGGUCAGCAAGCCGCAGGAGGGCGACGGCGAGUGGCAGUUCUGGCAGGCGUGGUCGCUGUACAACAUCCACGACUUUCCUCCCACCAACAUCUACUGGCGCGCCAUGCCCGGACAGGCCAGCAAGCUUCUGGCGCUGUAUUUCAUCGUCGCCUUUGGCUCCUCCAUGGACAUUGCCGCCAUCCAAGCCGACAGCCCUCGCGACCUGGACUACAACUCGGAGCUGGUGACGGUGGGGCUGUCCAACCUGGCCACCGCGGCGGCAGGCGUGGGCUUCACGGGCUCAUACAUCUUCAGCCAGACCCUGUUCAGCAUGCGCAUGGGGGUGGACACGCCGCUGAUGGGAGCCAUCGUCACGGCCGCCGAGCUGGCCGUGUUUGCGGUGCCCUUCAACGUCAUGGCCUUCCUGCCUAACUUCUACUUUGGAGGCCUCACAGCCUGGAUCGGCCAGGACAUCCUGAAAGACUGGCUGUUCAUCGCCGCCAAGCGCAUCUCCGCUGUGGAGUAUGCCCUGCUGCUGGCCACCUUUGGGCUGGUGAUGGCAGCGGGGCUGGAGGCGGGCAUAGCGGCAGGCAUAGUGCUGGCAGCCCUUCACUUUGCAUACAGCUACUCGCGGGUCACCAUGACCGCCUUCACUGUGGUGCCCAGCCGCAGCGGCGCAGGCAAGUUGCGCACCUUUGACCAGCGCACGGUGCUGGACAUGUUUGCCGCGCGCAUCACCGCCGUCUCCCUCUCCGGCUACCUCUUCUUUGGCAGUUCUGUCAAGGUACUGAACAAUGUGGUGGAGAUUGCCGCCAGCACGCUGGAGAUGCAGCCACACGUGGAGCCGUCAACCGCGCAAGCCUCAGCGCCUGUGCUGGUUGGCAAGCAACCCAGGGCACAGCUGAGCGGCCUGCCCAGCGAGGGCACCUUGGCCAAGACCUAUGACAAUGUGGACAAGCUUGUGGGCAGCAAAUCAGCGUCUGGCGGUUCCCAGCUUGCCAAGGUGGCGGCGGCGCUGGCAGAGUCCCCGCGGCGCGUCCAGGGCCUGGAUACCACCGCCGCUCGCUCCUUUGUCACCCUGCACAACAAGCUGCAGCACAUGGGCAUUCAGGCGAGCCCCACGUGCUUCUGGUUCCCCACCAUGGAUGCCGGCUGCCACUACUGUGAGGAGCGCUUCCUGUCGGUGGCGGUGGCCCACGGCCUGCUGGCACCGCCAGCCCGCUGCCUCAGCCUGGCCCAGGUGCUGCAUGCCCACCUGGAGCUGCCACGUUGCAUCCUGGGGGAAGCAGCGGUGGACUACCGCGCCGCCGCCGCCAUGCUUGCACGCUUCACCCGAAAGCUGGUGUUGCGGGCUGGCGAUGUGCUCUUCUCGGUGGGCAGCCCUGCAGACGACCUGUUCCUGCUGGAGAGUGGCUCAGUGGUAUGCCGUGUGGACUUCGCCCUAUCCUCUGUCGCCAGCCGUGCGCAGCUGAUGGCGCUGCCUGCCGGGACGCAGCCGCACCAUGCGGAGCACACCAUCAAGUGCGCUCCCGGCAGCCUGGUGGGCGAAAUCGACUUCCUCCUGCAGCGCCCCCGCAGCCUGGUGGCUGUGGUGGAGGCGGACGGCGGCGCCUGGGUCAUCUCCCGCCAGGCUUUUGAGUCGAUGGCUGUGCAGGACCCGGGGUCGCUGGUGCUGCUGCAGUCCAUCAUCCUGCGCACCACCAGCCUCACGGCUGCGCAUGCCCUGGAGGCCCUCGAGCGCAGCAGCCACUCCCAGUGA